AUGCAAUCCCUGGCUUUUGUCAAAGCCUGCGUCCUGACGGCGGCGGCGGCUCUCGCGUCUACAGCGAUAGCUGAAUCAACCUGGAUCAGGCCAGACGCGAGUGGCGACUCCAACUUUAGGGGCUGGCACAUCCAAGGCGUUACCACGAGUCCAAAGUGGUGCGCAAACGGCCAGUUUAGAACAACGUCCGCGGGCUACGCGGGCUGUUGUACGGAUACGAAGUGCCCCCUUCCUACCGACUGCCGUAGUAAUGUCAUUACUUGGGAUGGAGGGAGCACGCAUGACUGCAAUGCCGGGGCGACCUGCUGGACGAUGUCGGUUUACGCGACACCACCUGCAGAUGGGGCGUUCAACAGAGACAUCUGGUGUGCUGGUGCCAACACGGAGACGGAGCUGUUUUUGUCGAUAGCAGCAACAGCAACCUCUUCGUCUUCUACCGGCCAAGCAACUUCCACUUCCACCAGCGCGAGCACUCCGACGAACACCUUCGCGGGCUCAGAUUCGAGUUCAGGUUCAGGCUCGAGUAGCAAGGCAUGGAUAGCCGGCGUCGUCGUCGGCCCGCUUGUGGGAAUAGCGCUUGGAGUGCUGGUUUUCUUCAUGCUGAGAAGGAGAUGGAAGAAGAAGCAUGCUGCUGCGGCCGCUCCAGAGGGCCAGGAGGGCGCUGCGGCCAGCCAUGGAAUGCAGCAAGACUGGUCCAAACAGACACCUCCUGGAUAUGACAGGAUAUCCAAGGAGAUGCACCAAGUCUACGACUUAGUAACCUGA